AUGACCGAGAAAAGUGUGGCCCAGGCAGGGUUUGGCCACUCGCUGCCGGCGUGCUUUCCGAGCCAGAAUCGGGUCUCUCUGUCCUGCACGCAGUUCGAGAGUUCGCUGGCGCCCGUGAGAAUGCCCGGAGACUCCUCCUUUCCGUCUUCUCUCCCUUCUUCACUUUCGUCUCUCCCUGCCUCUCUGUCGGGUUCUCUCCCGUUUCCUGCGUCUGCUGCUCCCAUGGCGCAUGCCUCCGUGGCUGCUGCGAUGGACGCGCCUUUGCCGUGGCCAUCUCUGCCUUCCUACCCUGCACAGUCUUCCACUUCCCCGUUUCCCGCGGCUGACCCUUGCUCUCAGCCUUCUGCUCUGCCUCGCGCGAGUCCUGCCAAGCGGCGAGGCUCGUCGGGUUUCCCCUCCUCACGGUCUUCCUUCUCCCUCGACUCGGAGAGCUCGGGUGUACAUACACCCGACUUGGUGCUGUCUGGCGCGGAGGACGAGCUGAGCUCAGGUCACGCCCCGCCUUCGUUUUUCGGCGAACGAAAAGCGCCUUCGCCCCUCGCUCUCGGCCUUCCUUCCAAAGCCGCCCCUGUCUCGACCAGAAAGCUCUACGGGGUUUCAAUAACCGUCCGAUCAAAAAAGCGGAUGCGAAGCGAUUCGACUGUCCUCUCGACUCCGCGUCUUCUAUCGGUUCUCUCCCUGCGCUGUCGCCCGUCCCUCUCGCCGGUCCUCUUCGUCAUUCUCCGUCCGCGUGGCCUCCGCCGUCUUCGGACGCCUCCGCCUCAGAUUCUCUGUCGUCCUUCGCGCCUCUCUUCUCGUCUUUCGCGUGCCCCGUCCUCGGAGAGCCUCACGUCGCCUCGGCGCGCGACGCUUUGCAUGCGGAUUCUGCAACUUCUCUCCCCCUCUUCCUCCCGGAUGCGCCUCUGA